GCCGUAGCAAAGAGCGAAUCGGGGAGAGAGGGAGAGGGAGAGAUGCAGAAGAGAGAUCAGAGCAAGCAAGGCGGAGCUUCGGGUGGCUCCGCCACUCCGGCGCCGAAGAGAGGCCGUCCCUUCGGCAGCGGAAGCAGCAACGCCGCCGCAGCCGCAGCAGCUGCAGCUGCGGCCGCAGCGGCGGCGGACAUGGCCGCGCCUUCAACUCUUCUCGGCCCCUCUCUCCAAGUUCACUCCAACUUCGCUGAUCAAAAUAACAAAAGGAUAGUUCUGGCUCUUCAAAGUGGAUUAAAGAGUGAGCUGACAUGGGCAUUGAAUGCUCUCACCAAUCUUUCAUUCAAAGAAAAGGAUGAAGUGCGGAGAGAUGCAACCCCUCUUGCAAAAAUACCUGGGCUGCUCGAUGCUCUUCUCCAAGUUAUAGACGAUUGGCGUGAUAUAGCCCUACCGAGGGGGCUUGUAAAGAGGACACCGCGGGUGAGAUUGUUAGGCGCAAACUCUCUUGUGACAGGGUUUGGGAAUGAAAACAAGCCUUUAAGGUCCAAUGAUGUCGUUCCUAAUCCAAGCAUGGGACCUGGUUCUUCCAUUAUAGAGGCAUCUGUGCAGAAGAGUACCACCAAAACUCAUCCUUCAGAGUGGUGGUUUAAAGAAGAUGGCCUGUUUAACCUGGAUGAUGAAGGACGUGCAGAGAAGCAACAAUGUGCUGUUGCUGCUUCAAAUAUUAUCCGCAACUUCUCUUUCAUGGCAGAAAAUGAAGUCAUAAUGGCCCAGCAUCGUCAUUGCUUGGAAACAGUCUUUCAGUGCAUUGAAGAUCAUAUUGCAGAGGAUGAGGAACUUGUCACAAAUGCCCUCGAGACAGUUGUGAAUUUGGCACCACUACUGGAUCUUCGAAUCUUUAGUUCAUCAAAGCCUUCAUUCAUCAAAAUUACGGAGAAACAUGCAGUCCAAGCCAUCAUGGGGAUGCUGAAAUCUUCUGUCAAAGCCUGGAAUUUUGGAGCUGCAGAGUUAAUUGGCCGUUUGAUAAUAAAUCCUGAUAAUGAACCUUUCAUUCUUCCUUUCGGCCCACAGAUUUACAAGCGUUUGGUUGAUAUUUUGAGCUUACCAGCUGUAGAUGCACAAGCAGCUGCUGUUGGUGCACUUUAUAACCUUGCAGAAGUUAACAUGGACUGCCGUUUGAAGCUUGCUAGUGAGCGAUGGGCAGUUGAUCGACUGCUGAAAGUGAUUAAGACACAUUCAGUGCCAGAAGUUUGCCGGAAAGCGGCAAUAAUAUUGGAGAGCCUUGUCGCAGAACCACAGAACCGAGCCCUGCUUCUAGCUUAUGAGAAUGCCUUUGCAGAGAUACUUCUAUCAGAUGGAAAAUAUUCCGACACAUUUGCCAGGAUAUUGUACGAAUUAACCUCUCGACCAAGCAACAAAGUGGCAACCACACGUGGUGUAUGGGGCAUGUAACUGAAACCCUAUCUUAUCUGAUUUAUUUUAUGUUUUUUAUUUUUUAAAUUUGUGAUUUUUGCUCUUGCUAUGCAUAUUUGAAUCUUGUUAGGGUAUUUAGUUGACAUGUAUGUGUAAAUAUUAUGUAUUUCUGUCAGUUUAAGUGCACUACGCAGUGACAGUGCAUGAUACAAUGCUAACAAAUUGGCCUGUGAAAUGACAAAAAAA